AUGUCUGAGUUCUCGUAUCUGUCACAGUCCGACCGCGAGCGAGACUGUCGGCAUCAACGAGUAACUCAAGCUACCAGCCGCGAGAAUACCCGCGAAAACACCAGUCAAAGGCGAGACCGAACCCACGAUCAUGAUGAGAUUAUAAAUCUCAAGACAUCUGAUGUGCAAGUGAAGGGUGCUGCUACUGUUGCUGUUGGGAUUGGCAAUAUUGCUUCCGUUCAAGGUAUCGGGAUGGACAACAUGUGCGCCAAUUCUUUGUCUCGAGUUUCCCCCAAUCUCCUCGACCCGUUCGACACCCUUUGCGAGAGUCCUGAACGAUUACGACUCCUUCUGAGACACCCACUAGCCAAGGCUGCCGGGGAACCUCUAUUUCGAAUCGAUCAACAGACGCAUUGUGUUUUGCUUCAAGGUGUAGGCAAUAAGGAUGGUUUGGUGCCCUUAUUGAGCCACAAGUCUUUAUUCCAUGCUCUAUCCCUUCUUCUAGCUUUAGUAGCCAAUAACUAUCAGCCUAACUACGAAACCAUGCACCACCGCAGUCAGGUUCUUCAGUCUCUCAAUCGAGACUUGUCAUACUUUGGCGGUGACUCGACAAUACUACAUACCAUAACGGCCAUUCUCAUGUUGAUUAGCUAUGAGUAUCGAGUUCGCGAUACAUAUCCAGGUCAUCCCUGCGCUGCUACACAUAUUCAUGGCCUCCAAACUAUAAUCUCCCAGCAUAACACCCUGAUCAGUGAGUAUAGCAUGGCACAUGUUCCUAAAGUCCAGCGAGCUCUGGUCUGGCAGGACAUACUCUGCUCACUGGCAACUGGUGCACCCCGACUCUUACAAUUUGAGAACCGCGGGAUAUUCACCCGCUUGCGGGAGGAUGAGACUUACCGUAGCUACUUUGGGUUGCCGCAAGCAUAUAUACCGCACACCCAUGGGUGGCCUGCAGAAGCAUCUCUUGUUUUCGAGGAUCUCAACGCUCUAUGCUGUAUCGUGGACAGAACGCACCGAGGAACAGGGGCGUCUUUCUGCUUGGUGGAUAAGAAUAAAGAGGAUACCUCAGUUAACCCAAUGCCGUUGAUGGAGGACUUGGAUGACGAGGGUUACCCAUUAUGCAAUAGCCAAGCCAACUUGCAGAUUCGGCUUGUGGACCUUCUUAGUGGAACAGGAAGAGAUGGCUCUCAGAGCGAAGAAGACCUGAUUUAUAGAGCGUGUCUCUUUGCAGCUUAUCUCUGUACAUAUCGACUUUCCGAAGGUAUUUGGGGAGGAUACUUUGCACCUGAGAAGUGUGUUACUGAGAUCCUUCAUUGUAUGACAGACUUCACAAGAAAGAUGUCGCCGUGGAAGUUAGCGCCGGACAUCACAUUCUGGUUACUUCAUAUGGCUGGCGGUCUCACAAAGAGUCGGCUCCACAAGGACCGAGCGGUUACGUUGGUGGAACGUUAUCGGUGCUUUUACUCGACUGGCUACGACCUGGACUGGGAGCUAGUGGAGAUGAGGUUGAAGAGGUUUAUCUGGUGUGAACGCGUCAUGAAGCAUAUGAUGUAUAGAUUCUGGCAAGAAUACCAGAUUGGUCGCCGCUAG